CUCCAUUUCACCUUCCUUGUCGCAUCUAGAGUAGAAUGAGCUCGACUGUCUUCCUUUUCCUCCUUUUCAAGCUGCUGCUGGCGCUGGUCCACGGGUUCGCCUCUGCAGCUGGACAAGCACCCCGUUCAGUUCAGCCGUCCAGCCCCCCUCCUUGGGUGUCCACGCCUCCGCAAGACUUGCAUGCCAACGAGCAAGACAGGGAACAGUGGUAUCAUGAGCUUACGCAACAACGUCUGCGCACCCCAGAGCACUUUCCGAUGGAGUGGCCUGAUUUUCAUGGCUACGAGGCGCGGCUCGUCAGUCACGCAGACGGCGGUCAGUCUACGGACCCACGAUCCCCUCACGAAGCGACACCCCUCGAAUCUACUGCGUCGGGACACGUAGCGCGGUCAUACCAUCACGUUGGCCACACCGAUGUGCCCUCGUUCGAUCCAGGCCAGUCAUCGAGCUCUGAACGUCGACAUGGCCGGAAAUCUGAGAGGAGAGAGCAUGGUCAAGACAACGAACAUACCCAUGCGGAUUCAUUGAUCCGAGACUUAUCUUCGACAUCCAGAGACCAACGCAACGAGAAAUCUAAAAAGGCCAGGGGCCAUCAAGCUGUCCAUGUCGACGACCCUCUUUUGGAUCACGCCUCGUAUCUGUAUCUCGAGGGUCAUCGUGAUCCAACAAGCAAAGCGGUCAGACACCACAAACGCCAAGAAAGCGCACAUGCGGCUGACAAGAACAAUGGAGACGGUUCGGACUCGAAAGAGCCUCCCUGGCCGCUGACUGAAGAGGCUGAGGCAGAGUACAAGAAAGCCCAGAAAUUGUUUUAUAAGUGCGGAGGGGGUAGACUUGGGCAAAGCGACUACAAAAAGGCGCGUUUCCUCAUCACAAAGGAAGACCGUAAAGACCUUGGGACAGAGGGUAAAAGGCUCUUCUCUCGUCUGUGCCACCUUGAGAGGAAUGAACGGAAGUACUUAAAGGAAAAGGAAAAGAAGCAAGACGACCUGCAAUUGGGGCGAGAAGAGCAUUUCCAUGACUUCGAGGAUGAGCCUGCAACAGAAAGAACCCCUAAGAUGGAAUUAGACCGGCUGUGGACCAAGCUCGGGAGAAUCGAAUCCCGCCAGCUUAAGGGAACGUCGUUCACCCAGGAUGACCUCGAUUCACUUCGUCGACUUUCUGAUUCGUUGCCUCUUGACGGACGCCUUUUGAGCGUCACCAAGCGUCUUCUGAAACAAUUCAAGGCCAUCGAAAGGGACUGGUGGGAGUUUCCCCCGCUGCGCUUUGGAAAAGAAGACAAGAUGCCCAAAUUCGACCACGAGUGGAUCAAGCUGUUGCAAAAGAAAUUCGAGAAGGCACUUACUUGA